AUGGAAAUGAGUUACCAACCUUUCUUCCCCUUUUCUCAAAAGUCACCAUGGAGGAAAAGGACUAUAGAAGGUCUAAACUUGGACAUAAAAGAGAUAAUAGAAGCAAAACGUCCCAGACUUUGCUAUUACCGUUUGGAAAGUGAAAGCUCUAAAGCUACCGAUGAUGACACUGAAAGCAUUGCCAGUGUCCAAGCUAAAGAGACCGAUUUUGUCGGAGACACUUCAGACACUGAAAGUAAAAAUGGAACAGGCACCGAAAAUUCGGAGUUUGAGUAUGAAGUUGCCAGCUUAUCGGCGAGCAACAAAGAUAAUUUUGAUUUUUCAACAACAGAUUCAGAAGUAACUGAAGAUAUGAUCUUAGUUGCUGCAGCAGCCGCCAUUUGCGACAGUUCCCUGGAAACUUGGAUAACUGAUGUGGAAGACUCGGAUAGUUCAUCGGAAGAAAUGUCAUUUGGAAAGACAGACUUUGCCACUUGUGUGCAGUGCAAGGGUGAAAACCGCAACCCGCUUUACAGAUACUGUGAAAAAUGUUUUCAGUUAUCUUUUAAAGCCUCUGAAAAUAUUAAAUCUAAAAUUCCUAUGUAG